GCGUAAAAGUGCUUGGAUGCGGGUCGUCCGCGUGACGUUACAUGGAAAUAUUUUCCAGAUGCGCGCAGAGCAGUGGCGCAGAAUCCCCUAUUUUUUGGCUAUUUCGGAAGUUCUACGCUUGCACAAUAGUUUGAUUUCUUUAGGUCGCCUGUAGUAAUAAGAAAUCAUGUUGAAUUAUGAAGACGUAUUUCAGGACGAAUUGGAAGGGGUCCACCAACCUCGCUGCGUAAAGUAAACUGCGUUUGGUUUGUUCAGCUCUUCAGUCCUUUUCAGAGACCAAAAUGAGGGCAAUGCAUGCCAUUCUAAUAAUUUUCAUCUGCCUUCACUAUAGUUGGGGUAAGAAGAUACGCUGGUGCACGGUGUCUGAGCAGGAGCAGAAGAAGUGUGCUGAGCUGGCCAAGGCCCUGGUGGCAGUGUUGCCUCCUGCUGCUGUGGCAGCAUUCGCAAGGCUCUCCUGUGUCCUUGCCUUCAGCACCACCGACUGCAUCAACAAGAUCAGGGCUAACCGUGCUGACAUAGUAACAUUGGAUGCAGGGGAAGUCUACACUGCAGUGAAGCAGUUUGGCCUCACUGCCAUUGCCAAGGAGAUCUACAGUGACGGAGGCUGUAUUCUGUCGGUGGCGGUGGUGAGGAACCGCACCCUGGAUGUGCGCUCCCUGCAGGGCCAGAGAAGCUGUCAUACUGGGGCCCGCUGGACGGCAGGCUGGAGUCUACCCUUGGGCUUCCUGCUGUCCCGCAACUACCUGACCUGGGCAGAGGAGCAGCCACUCAGUCAGGCGGUCAGUGCCUUCUUCAAUGCCAGUUGUGUUCCUGGGGCGGCUGCCAUAGCACCCGUCCUGUGUACCCUGUGUCAGGGUCAGAAGUCCUACAUCGCCCAGCGCAACUUCCACUGUGAGACGGCACAUGGCGAACCUUUCUACAACAGCCAGGGGGCGCUCAGGUGUCUCAAGACUGGGGCAGGGGAUGUUGCUUUUGUGGACCAUACAGCCCUGGAGGGUAUUGAAGAGAGUGAGAGGGAGGAUUACCAACUGCUGUGUACUGAUGGUACCCGUGCGCCACUAAGCCACUAUGGGAGCUGCAACCUGGGAAGGGGACCAGGACAGGGAAUGGUCACUCGACUCAGUGUUCGUAAGAUCGCACGCAAGUUCCUGGCGGCAGCACAGAUGGCGUUUGGCCGGCGGGGUCGAGAGAGGCAACGUUUCCAGCUCUUUAACUCUGCUCCGUUCGGCGCCGCUGAUCUGCUCUUCAAGGAUGUCACAGAGAAGCUGUCCAUUCUAGAGGAUAACAAGGACAUCAGUCAGGUGCUGGGGCUGGACUAUGUGGCUCUCCUCAAAGGCCUUGGACACGAAGGAAGCUCAUUGGAGGACAGUGUUGUGCGUUGGUGCUGCAUUAGCCAUGCAGAACAGAAGAAAUGUGAGCAGUGGGCUCUCAGCAUUAAGUCAGACCCAUUGGUGUGUGUUAGAGCCAUCUCCAUGAGCGACUGUGUCGAGAAGAUUAAGAGAGAUGAGGUGGAUGCGGUCUCGCUGGACGCCACACACGCAUUCAUCGCUGGGAAAUGUGGCCUUGUCCCCGUGGUAACAGAGUAUUAUGGGAAGACGUGCGUACCGGCUGAGGGAGGAGCUGAAAAAGCAGGCCAUUUAGAGACUGAUGUGUUGCCGUCCGUCGUUGGUGUGGCGGUCGUGAAGCGCUCCACCAGGGGUGUGUUCUUUGGGAACUUUGGGGGCAGGCGCUCCUGCCACGGCCACAUGUACAGCCCUGCAGGCUGGCUUCUGCCCUUUAGACACACCCUCAGCCUGGAACACAACAACACCUCUCCCUGCGAACCAAACCAAGUGUACAACGAGGUGUUCUGGAAGGGCUGUCUCCCUGGUUCUCAGGGAAACCUCUGUAAAGUGUGUAUGGGGGGCACUGGGGAGGCUGCCACCAAACGCUGUGCAGACAACCACAACGAGCGUUACUACGGCAACAUGGGGGCUUUGAGGUGCCUGGUAGGAGAUGCCAGUGGGAAGAGCUAUGGAGAUGUGGCCUUUGUUGAGCAGCACAAUCUAGAGAGCAACAUCCUCAGUCUGAGCCCCAGUGGGUGGGCGGAUGGGUGGCUGUCCUGGGACUUUGAGCUUUUGUGUGGGGAUGGCCGGCGGGAACCUUUAUCUGAAUGGGAGAACUGUAACCUAGGAGCCAUCCCACCCAACAUCAUCAUGACAAGACCUGUGCUCACUUCUCGCGUCUACGACUUCCUCAUGAAGUCACAGGAGACUCUGGCAUCCAACCCAGACACAGAAUUCCGUCUGUUUCAGUCCCAGCAGUAUGGAGAGAGUGAUCUGCUGUUUAAAGACGCCACUCAGUGCCUCAUCCACACCAGUCACCUGGACUACCGCACCAUACUUGGAGAUGAGUUCUACAGACUAGCAGAGACUGUCUUCAACUGCACACACUCAGACAUCUUGGAAUUUUGCAAUCAGGACGUGUGCAGCAUAUUUUGAGCAACAGAGAGAAGAGAAAUCACAUGUUUCACAUUGACCUAUUGUGGAGGCCCUAACCAAAAUGUCAAAAUGUUUGCCAAAAUUUAAUAUUGUUUCUUGUAAUUCCUCAGUCCACACCCGCCUGAAUGUUAAAAAUAUAUAUAGAGUUGUCAGAUACAUUUCAAUGAAAGCUUCUGUUUCUUUUCAGCAAUGUGUCAUUUUUCAAACAUUUGGUAAUGUGUGCAGGGGUUCCAAAAGUAGGGUCUGUAGCAAAAUCUCUAAAUAUUAAAACAAAUAUUUUAAUUUAAUUUUAGAAAAAUUACUAGCAACAACAAAUUAAAAGGAUUUUGGACAAGGGAUCUGUGGAAAAAGUUGAAGUUACAAUACAAUGUCAUAUUCAUGUUCUUAGCCCUUAUAUGCACAACAUGGGCCUGUGAGGCUCACAGAUUGGUCUUCACAAUACUCCAUCAAUGAUCUUGUUCAACAGAAUUCUUCUUCUUUUCCCCAAAAAUUUGGUUUUGAACACAGUGCAUUAUUUUAAUAUUGCAAAAUGUGUAGAAUUGCAAGAAAUUAGCUUUAAAACGGUAUGGUAUUGCCAAGGUCUGGACAUGCACUGUUUUAGUCAACGUAAAACUGCUUGUAUGCUAUUUUUAAUGCCGUCUACAGUAGGAGUUGUAUUCUGAUGAGAGCGACUGAUGCAUUUGCUGACACGAAAUGGGUCCCCGACGCAAACAAAGUUUGUGAACCCCCUUGUGUACCACACACUGAGCUAUGAACGUUAGUACCUUGGUAAAUUCCACCGGACUACAAGUCCCAGCGUGCAUAGCGGCGGUUGCCGUUCUUCCUUACACUGGUAUUUCCUGUCGCUCUUUUUCGUAAGAGUUGGCUGCCUGCUACAUUGUCCGCUGUUUAUUCAAUCAAACGUGUACCUCGUGCCAUUGUAAGGUACGUUACAUGACGCUGAAUUGUAUUACUACUUACAAUGUCUAAUUCAUGCCUUUUUUUUGUGGUUCUAUGCUUCUUUAUCGUAUUUACUCCACGUAACCUUGUUACUGAUGACAGGAGUUCAAAUGAUGAGCCAGAACUUGUAAACAUACACAAAUCAGCCUUGACAAAAAGUCGAAUACCGUAAAAGACUAAAUGAACAAUGACUGUGUCAGAUAAAGCUAGAUACAUAUAAUUAUUGCUUGGUGACCAUAAUUAUAUUAUUUUUAAUAAAAGAUGUGACAAGCUUGCGAGGAGGCAUCAGGGCAUGUCCAUGUUUUCUUGAAUUGACAUAAGAGAAAUCUAAAUAAUUUACAGCUCGCGUCCUCUCUCUCCUCGUUACCUCCUUCUCGAAACCCAUUGGAUGAGAGAGCCAGAGGUCCCGCCUUUCUGACCUUUUCUUCCAAUGAGUUUUGAGAAGGAAUGGAGAUUCUCCCAUCAACAGAUGAGAUUAGUAGUAGACCGUCCUAUACCCUCAGCCAUUGAAUGAAAUGUUACAUCGUCACAUCUGCGUCUUUGAUCAUCUCUCGCUUGGUACACUCAAUUUUCCUUUAUGGAAAUCUUGAAGUUGCGCUAAUAAACAACCAACCUAAAGCAAUUAAUGUACCUAGCAAGCUAACAGUUACCCAUAGCUGGCUAGCUAGUUUUAUAGUUGUGAUUUUAUUCCAAUACAUUACAGAAUUCCCCAAAAAUAUUUUUAUGAAGCUAGGUACUUUUUAAAGGCUCCUCACUAUGAGACUAAGACUAUUGGCAAACGCUGAAAUCAAUGUCAUAUCUGUUGAGCGAACUCGAGUCAUAAUUUUGUCUGACAUGCCAAAAGUGCCGCCGUGUUGAAUGAAUGUAACACUUCGCGCCCACUGAGUAUGACACGUGACUACAGUUUUGCUUUACAUUGUGGGCCAAAUCAACCCCACAAGUGAACGUGACAACCAUGGAGUUUAUUACCCAGUGAAACACUUGAUCCCAACAGGUUCCUUUUUGAUAAGUGUAUAAGAAAACAACAGCAUGCAACAGUCGUUCCAUGUCACUGCAGCAAGCUAUGACACCCGCGAUCUCAGAUUGUUCUUAAAUCGUUUGUGGUUGAAACACGUUAUAUUAUUUUGUUGACAUUUUAAUUUGAUCUAUGCGAAAUUAAGCGAAUUUAUUGCACGCAAAUUGGCCAUUUUAAUAAAUAGGAUUCAGAUAUUCAAUAAAUAUAGUACUUCUUCCUUCACCCCUCCCCCACCUAUACAUGCCCAAUGAUCCGUGAACCGUACAUGAUACAGACAACACCGUGGUGUCAUUGUACUCCUUAGUGUGGUUUAAAACAUGGAGUAUCGCUACAUUCUGGAAUACAAUUUUACACAUGCAUUUAAUUUUAAAGCUAUUAAUAUUGAUCUAAAAAUACAUCACAUUUCAAGACAGGGUUCCCUGCUCAUUUUAAAGUUACGAUAAAUGUUAUGAGCACCACCAACACAGGGCAUGGAUUCAAAGGGAACUCCCUCUGCUGGUGAUUUGUUGAAUGGGCAAUCCUACAGGAGGGCUGUGAUUGGUUAAUGACCUAUACAUGUUAUUUUCUAUGUAUAUCGUUUAGUUUUUUCAAGUAGCAGAGAGCCCACUGGAAAUUGUAUAUUGUUCCAAACAAUGUCUAAAUUAAUCAAACAUGAAUACAUUAAUGUGAAAAAUGUUAUUUCAGAAUACAGUGCCUUCAGAAAUUAUUCACACCCCUAUACUUUUUCCACAUUUUGUUGUUAGUGUCUGAAUUUAAAAUGGAUUAAAUGUAUAUGUUUGUCACUGGCCUACACAGAAUACUCCAUAAUGUCAAAGUGCAAUUGUUUUAAGAAAAUUAAUAAAUUAAAAUGUUUUGACUCAA